AAUAAGAAAAUCCAUGUUGUUGACUUCAAGCCCAUGACACCAAAUUUCCAGUAUGUUGGUAAUAGAGACAUCCUGUUUGGUAAUCCGUGACCAGGUCGAGCGAUGAUGGCCGCCGAUGAGACUUGUUGGAAUAACUUACCUAGUGUGAUUUUGGUCGAAGUUUUCUCUUAUUUAUCCCAAGAAGACAAAAUUCGAGCAUCUUCAACAUGCAAAAAUUGGAGGUUUGCUUUAUAUCACCCCAGUUUUUGGCAAAACAUACAUUUCAAAGCCAAAACGAAGGACAGGAACAGUAUGUCCCGGACUCGAUAUCUCACGGAUUGUUUUGCGAAAAAGUUACGCAAUGCCACUGUAAGUUUUGAUUCAAUGGACCCAUUAUGUGUUCAGGAAGCAGCAAGAGUUUUGCAGAAGGUCUGUGAUAAUGAUCAUUUACGGCGAUUGAUGUUAAUUCCCAGUCAUUGUCGGUUUGAAUGCCCUGGAAGAAUUGAUGAGCAAAAGCAGUUCUUCAAAAAACAUGUGUUGAAGCCAGUGAGAAUGCUGGUGGAGCAGUGCCAGAGGUUGGAGGCCCUGAGCCUAGGCUGCUCAGAGGAGUUGACAGUUUAUAUUGGAGCUUUCCUGGACCUCCUGGCUCGUCAUCAGGCCUGCUCUCUACGCUACCUGGGACUUGCUUCUGUCAAGGAUGACCCUGAUGAUUACCUCCUUCUAGACCUUGACCCAGGUCUCUUUCGCUCCUUUCAGAUGCUGCAGAUACUGAGUGUUGACUAUGACUACGUGAGUGACAGUAUGUUGGCAGCCCUCAGCGAAGUUGGCUUGAUUCGCUUUAUCAUUCAUGUUCACGGGAUUGAGGAAACACAUCCAGGGACCUCGAAUUCAGCCUGGACCAGUUUUGUACACCAGAAUGCCACGUGUGAGCUCCGGCUCACUCUGAUACACUCGUAUGAAGCUGUGGACAUCCUGCAUUCUGACAUUCUAAAGCCAUCCAUGCCACUCACUCAUCUGAAGGCUUUCUUCUGUGAGCAGUUGAACAGUGGCGCCCUGCACCGUCUCUCCAGCUGGUAUACACACACCCUGCGCUCGCUGUGGUGGGUCGAUUCCCUGGGGUCUGCCGCCGCGCACUGCCUCGUGCAGUCUUCUGCCGACGAACAACCGGACCCCCUCGUAAUGGCUGCCUGGCGAUGCUCCAAUCUGGAGGAGAUCAUUCUGUUAGGCUACAAGUAUUAUGUGGACAACCUGGUUGCCAUUGCCAGACUGCGAGGACAUACCCUGAAGACGCUGCACAUUGCAGCACAAGACAUCCUAUAUGACAUGGGAGAACCUAGCUUUGAUGAGGAGCUUUCUCUACAGUUUGAGGUGAGCGAGGCUCUUGGCACUGUAUGGGCUCCUCUUCCCAACUCGGAACUGCAUGAUGUGAUCCAUAAUCCGACUGCUGGCGACUCAGAUGAGUUUAUCCUUCCAGUUGUUUUGAGGGAUCAAGACGUAUAAUAACAGCUUUGAAGGUCGCAGAACAAUUGAUAUCGGCAAGAAACUGGACAAGAAUCGACAGAUCACUUCCGUCUGGUGGCGUAGAAGCUGCGACAGAGUGAGAUGCAGAGCGCAACAAGUCAAGUCAUUAGCUUGUAUGUAGCUACUUUUGAGUACUUCUGAUUGAUAGAUUAAUGUAUAUACUAAUAUGUGUACUUUUUUUUUUUGCCAAUUGCCACAACAAGAACGCCGGCGUUAUGUGGAGUUUGCACUAAGAACUGAAAGGGUAAAAAAAAAAUGAUUGUGGUUGGCAGAGAGUUUUGCUGUUUUGCAUGUCAGUAUUUUUUAUGAAGAUCGCUGAGAAGUAGUGUGACUCUAUAGUGGGUUAGUUGUGUGACUUCUCACCCCGCGUUGGGAUCGACACAGUGACCCCAAAUCAUGUUCAACAUUUCAGAAUUUGUUCCACUGGGGGUUCUGCGUUUAAUUACAUGAAGUGGGCAGCCCUGACUCACCACAUGAAAUUUUGAGUUAUAUUGCUCGCCCACAUUACGAGAUAAACCAGAAUUCCCGUACUUCAGAUGAGAUUACACGUCAUUUCUUGCUGAAGUCACAUUUUAUUGUAAUCUUAAACAGACUUGAUGUUUAAUUGAGUUUAACCAUGUCGGUAAAAAUAGUUCCCUUAAUGUGAGAAUUAUAAUUUAUGAAAUUCAUGUGAAGAAAGACAGUUUGGUGCAAACGUUGUGUUUUAAUGGGAAGAACAAGACUGAAUUAUCAUUCCAGUGUUUGGCCAUUGCAAUUAAAAUGGGGGAGGAACUUCUGUCAUAUUUGCUAGGCAAGUGAUUAAGUCCAUUUAAGACUAAGAAGCCUUUAGUGAUAACUGUGUGACAGUAAAGCCAACUCAAUUUUCUGUUGUGACAGAUGGUUACAGUGAUCCGUCAGGAUGUAAUUCCGUUGUGCAUGCGGCAUUCUCGAGAAAGAGUGGCUCUUUUAUAAUUUGGAUUUUGGUUUUUUACACAAGAGGUAAAAUUACACAGGAUUACAAAUUAUGAUACCCAUAUUGAACAUGAAAGUAACCAUGCCAUAUGAUAUACAUGUAGACUGUGUAAGUAGCCAAAAUUUUGUUUGUGGAUUUGAUGUUUCUACAUAAAAUUAAAGUGGAAACAGCAUUCAGCACAAAGUAAGAAGAAGACCCUUUCUACUCAUAAGUUAGAAGGGUUACCAACUAGAAACAGAGACAGGGGUUAGGAUGUCAGUUUGCGUAAAUAUUCUUUAAAACAGGAACAGAAACUAUGAUUUUUCAUUUGCUCCUGGCUAUCCCAGGUACUUUUUUAACUUCAGUUCAUAAUGAUAUUCACCCUUUCAUCAGUGUAAAUUGCUGGGUGUGGAACAUUAGCUGCUCAGCCCUGUGUGUUAGGCCUGUGGCGUCACACAACUAACCCUCCAUGUAGGGUGCAAGAUGCACUGUUAUCAUUUUGGUGCACAGCGUAUAGCACCGCAGGCCACUGUAGUGUGCCUGAAUGGUUGGGAGCCAUUGCUCGAUCACCGGUUGGUUUUUAAAGUUAGUUAUAGUGAACAUUCCAGAGAGUGGCUCAUUAUUUUUAAUAAUGGUGGGUAAAAUGCUGCUGCUCAAAGUUAAACCAAACAUCUGUGAUAUUUGUAGCAUCUAGUGUGCUGUGCUGGACGUAAUCAGGUUCAAAAGAGGACAGCUAUGACUCCAUACUUCUGACAGAUUGAAAUUUUAACCAGUGUCCAGUAUCAUGCUAUUUCAGCCAGUAGGAUACAUGAGUUAUGCAGGUAGUUCUACAGUAUUGUAUUUAUACUUCAUCACCUACUGUGCAGUUUACAUUCAGUAUUGUGUAUUGUCUCUGGUGUCUGUAUGGAGAUUGAUCCUUCCGCCUGUCCGAGCACUAGUCAGGCAGUGUUCUGAUAAUACCUAUGUUUCAUUCUACAACACGUCUUUGAAUCAUGGACCAGGGUUUGAUUUCUCUUUGGGUUAUUUGUGGCUCGCAGUAGGAAAAUAUUUAAUGUUGAUUUCUACCUUGUUUUCCAUGAAUUUCCUCAGUGCUUCCUCUCACCGUGUGCCGUGAGUUGUCCCGCGUAUGUUUGACCAUUAGUUUAGUUUAUUCAAAAGAAGCUGUCUCACUUUGCUGCAAUCCCUUGUUACAGAAGUAUGUAAAUGUCACAAUCAAAAAUUGAAAAAAGUUAAGGUAGAAAUGACAUUGUUUUAAAAAGAACCUACUUACAUCUGUAGUGCUAGAAGACAAAAAAAAAUCUCUCUUCGAUAAGAACAUCCUGCCAACCUUACAAGUCUGUCACUCUGUGUUGGCAGCAUUUAGUUGUUAGUUAUACAUGUGGCACUAAUGGCCAGAAUGAGCAGUAUUAGUCUGAAUGUGAGUAUGCCAACGGCAAGGGUCUUGUUUUAAUGUGUCAUUCCAGCGUAUACGGGAGCAGACAGUUGCAUGUUAAAGGUGCCCUUACUUGGCUUCUGUCACAUUCUUAAUGCAUUAUAAUAUGCUGCUCUAUGUCGUUGAACAACUUGUCUUAAACACUACUGCAAGCCAGUCAAGUUUAGUGUUUAUGUCUUUAUUGUCAUGUCAAGAAUCACAUUGCAGCAUCCCCUGUACCAGAUCUAGCUUUUAGUGGGUUUGAAGCUGAAGUUCAGUAAUGGAAUUUUGAAGUGUUUAACAUCAGAGAAAGUAGUAAUUGGUUCUGUUAUUCAAUUCAAAUACAUAUUUAGUAGCAUCACACACAUGCCAUUUCAUGAUUGUCAACACCAGAAUGUUGCUGUGGGUCAUUGGCGCCCCAUAUCAGUUAUCGAGUACAUCUAUUUUUGUUUGUUAGGUUGUGAUCAUGACUCUGAAUCUGCUUAGUGUGACAGCUGAAUUCUAAAUCAGCUCAACAUGUGCAGCUGUGUGGGUUUCUUUUCUGCUUCUCUUUUAUGAAGUGUAGAGAGAAAUCAUAACUGCGAUGUCUACUAGGAUUUCCAUUGACCAUAUCAAAAUGUAUUUCUAUAUCUAAGAUAAGCAGAAUUGUCAAAAAGAUGUUCUUUUUGGUAAUAGCAGCUUGCAUUAGGAAUCCAAAUACUGAGCUUUAGUUGCUUCAGAUCAGCAGCUUGGUCAGUCACCAACCAUUAGGUCACUUAUUUAUUUAAAUUGGCCACAAGAGGAUCACUGCAUUUUACGUGUUCCCCUGUAACCUGCCUGGAGACACGUGACAGAGCCAAGAAAGAAUCACUGGCAAGAAUAAGUUCCUUUUUUGAUUAUGAAUGUUGUAUAUUAGUUGACAUCAGUAGUCAUACAUGUUGAUUUGUGUUUAAUAUUGUGGUAUCACUGUCUGCUCCUUGCAACUAGAGUGGAACAACACUCGGUACCUGAUAAAGCGCCUCUAGUUGUUUUGUCCAACGCAGAAGAGGGACUACACAAGUUGUUUAAUUGUAUUUCAUCUAGUUGCUUGGUACUUGCAAAUCAGUGGGUGGUAUAGGAACACUGAAUGACAUGUCACAUUAAUGUAUGUUUUAGUUCUUAGCUCUUUGUAAGUGACUGGAAAUGGCUACUCUCCGUUGCAAAAGAAGUGUUAAUUAUGCCUGUAAGUAAAGAUGCAAGAGCUAGCUUGUACCAAUAGCUGGCAACACCUUAUAGAAAUUGUUGUGUUAACUGCUUUUCUGCACUUGAAAUGCUAUAGUAUGACUUGAAGAGGAUAUUGCCAUUUUCACAACGAUGCGUUGCAGACUUCAUUUGCCGCGUGUGUCGGCAGGUGCGAGUCUGAUAGUUUGUUAUCGUAACAUAUUGAUAUGUGAGUGAAUGGUGAGGCCUUGUGUGUUUUGUUUGCUGUCACUCUUUGUCAUUUGUGUCCCACUGUUUGCAAAGCAUGAGCAAAGUAAUAUCAGAUGAAGUGAGCUCAUCCUUCUGUGUGCAGCGUUGCACUCUGGGCGUGCGUUUUGUGAUAAUAGUUCCUAGUAUGUAGCAGGUUUGCAUGCCCCUCUCACCUGCUGUCAUGUCUCGCAACACUGAAAGCAAAUCCGCCAGGGACGCUGUCUCGUGUCUUCUCAAUUUUUAAAUCAACGAACUCGUCUGUGGUAUUUUAAUUUUAAACUGAAUUUGGAAACUCGAGAUCUUGGUUACCAGUAAGAGGAACUGUUAUACCAAAGAUGAUCAGCUGGUGGAUCUGUCCUGUGCGCUUGAUCCCACGAGUGGGGCAGACACCCACAAGUUCCAUUCCUUCAUCUUGUAAUAACAUGUCACUGCAAAGCUCAGCAACAUGUCAUGAGGGGACAGCUUAUGAAACGUGGAAUUAAGGUGGUGUAACUAAACUUGUUUGUUUUGUCACAUUUGGCAAGAGCCAUGUAGGAUAAUUAGAAAAUGUUGAAAACCAGCUAGCAAUGAGAUUUUUCACAGUGGUUUAAAUUGAGAGUGAGGUUCAUGGCUACCUGCAAUGUCAUUACGCAGAAGACCACAAUCAAAAUCACAGCUAUGACGGGUAGUAAAUAUUAUAAUUUAUUAAACGAUGGGCUACGCCAGACCUCAGUGUGGUUGUUACAUGUCCUUCUUCUAUUACAGGAGUUUGACUGCCCUCGUUUGCCCUUAAUUCCCAACUCAUACGUGCAGUUUUGCUCCUAACUGUUCACAUACAUGUUGACACAGCAUUGUUAAAAGAACUAAUUUGUCUCUUCAAUUUAUUUUGUGUUCUCUUUGUGCCUUGCCCAAUUUUUGUUAAGGGAGUGGAGUAAAACCAAGAUAAUUUAAGCAUUAUGGCCACUUUCUGAGACACCACACCAAGAAUUUUGUUAUCUAAUCAUGAUGGGACUUCAGGGAACCACCAUCAUAAAUUUUGAAGUAAGAUCUUAAAUCUGCUAUGAUGUUAGCUGGAACGUGGUAGAAAUUUAGUCAUCAACAUUCUAAUGUAAGAAAUGUCUGAUUUUUUCUGUUUCUGUCUUUCUUUGGAAUAGAAAUGGAACAAGCAGCAUCUUGUCUCACUGCCUUAACACCAGAUUUGGCACUAUGCCCCGUUUAUCGAUAUGUAAAAAACAAGUAGGCCUUAUAAGCAUGUGUCAGACACUAGGAGGAUGGCGUGUGGUGUGUGUUUUCCUCCCUUUCAUGCAAUGUCAAGGCCUAUGUUUGCUCAACUGUUACAAUAUAACAUGCCUGCCAACUUUACAUGCACACUAUUUUACUGCUCACUGUUCAGCUUCACAUUGUAUGGUUGUCUCACGUUUGCUAUUAUUGUAGUAUUCUGGUCUCGAGCCGUGAGUUCUGUCUUAGCAUUUCUGUGUCUUGUGACAUUGCACUGUUCAGAAACUUGUAUAUUCACAGCAGGAGGCAUGGAAAUAUUAAUUGUGGUUUUUACAUUGUGAAGCAUAUUACAGUAAAGGACUCUGUGUCUUGGAAUGUUCAGUUUUUUUAAAUGUCCUCAUUGUGCAUAAGAACCUUCGUAAGUGUGUGGGUGUGCGCGAGAGAGAGUGCAUGCGUGUGGGGGGUGUUUGCACGAAUGUGGAGUAAGAAUAUAAAUGUGUACUGAUAUUUGUUUUAUGAUUCUGCAUCUUGUCUUAAAUCCUGUGUCUGCAUAUUAUAUUUGUAAAUUCUGUAGCAGUUGUCAGAUGAACUGGUGUUUUUGUCAUAUUCCAUCUUGUGCCAUUUUCAAACAAAAUUUUCACUCUCUUCAUGUUCAUAGUCCACUCUCUCUCCAUUCAUAUUGGCAUCGUACAAGAAUUUGUGUAAUUAAUUUCAAGACACAAAAGUGAUUUGACAGAACUUGUGUGCUUCUACUGCAGUCUGUGUGGCAUUUAGUAUUAAUCUGUUUAUUCACAGUUGUGUGGUUGGUUUUAGAAGAUUGGCAGGCAUGUGUGAGAGCCAACGUAAAGUAGAGACAAUCUCUGUGUUAGUGCUAGAGACUUAGUUCCACUUGUCUGUGAUGUAUAUUCUUCCCUGUGUCUGUAUCCUCAUGUCUAUGUGGAAAGAUAAAAUAUAUUAUUGUUGUUAUGAUUAUUAUUGAUAUAAAUAAAUAUAUAUAUAUAUAUA